GGUCAUGUGAGGAGCAGCGUUGCGCAUGCGCGAGUGGAGGGACGGGAAUGGCGAGUCAGUCGCAGGGGAUCCAGCAGCUGCUGCAGGCGGAGAAACGGGCGGCGGAGCGGGUGUCGGAGGCGCGCAAACGAAAGAAUCGCAGGUUGAAGCAAGCAAAGGAGGAGGCCCAGGCUGAGAUUGAGCAGUACCGCCUGCAGCGGGAUAAGGAAUUCAAGAAUAAGGAAGAUGCUGCCCUUGGUUCACAUGGUGAUUCAGCAACUGAAGUUGACAAAGACACUCAAGAGAAAAUUAAAAUAAUUGGGACAAACUAUGAGCAGCACAAGGAAAUGGUCUUGAAUCACCUCCUUAACUUGAUCUGUGACAUAAAACCAGAAAUUCAUGUCAACUUUCGCAUUAAUGGUUAGAACUGGAUUGUAGUUUUGCAUUGAAUAAUACCAAAGUACCACUGGGAUAGCAGUAUUUUGUGAUAUUACCAUGGUUAUGCAAACUCUUAUUUGUGCAACAUUUUUACUUUCAAAUAAAAUAUGCAUCAGAUGAAUUUGAAAAAAAA